GUCGACGUUUGCGGAGGUUUCUUACCGGGAGACAAAUUACAUAUGGCACUUGUUUAUGAUCUAGUAGUGGAUAGUUUAAGGGGACCAUUUAUAUGUGUUAACGACUCUGACACGGUUAGGUCAAAGUACGUGUUUUCUUCCUGUUACUAGCCCCUUUUUUUGGCUAUGCGCUUACUUGCUAUCAAUCGUAGCGAUUAGGUGGCUGAUAGAUCGCAUCAGUUAUAAGUAUAGGUCAUAGAAAUCCAGACCAGGCCGAGUGGCACCGUUGCCAUCUUCUACAAUCAUAGAAACAUGCCAGAAGCACGAAUUAUCGAACCCUCAUUUCGAAUUCAACAUGCAACAGCUGACCAAUACCAACUUGGAACCAUGGCGCGCCGUUUGUUUCUCCCUCUUGAAACGCUACUGUCCGGUAAGGAAGGGAUCAUUGCUCUUCUCGAAUACGGAGAAAUCACACGAGCUUUUCCCGGUCUGUGGAAACUCCUUUGGCUGGGGGAGGAUUGGUCACUGCAGCAGGCAAUAAUCAUUAGCUUUGAAGGUGAUCGGGCUAUUCUGACAUAUGAAUUCAACACAAUCAAGGUACCGGAAGAAGCGUUGCGUAACUCUUACGCCGGUAGUAUGCUUCUGGACCCAAGGAAUGGUUGUAGGGCGGUUAUGGCUAAAGCGCUCUAUGCUGGGAUACGAAAGAACCUCGGCCGCAUCGUUGGACAUAUGGCGUGGAUGAUUCGCCAGUGGUUGUAGCGGUUGCCUAACGGAUGAUGUACGUAGCUUCUACAUAGCUAUUAACGCACAGUGGAGAUAGCACUUUGCGUUGGUGAAAA